AUGAGUUACCCAAAUGCACCUCCGCCAUACAAUCCCAGCGCACCUCCCCAAGGCGGUGGAGUAGGAUUUGAACAAUAUCAGCAAGGCAGCCCUUAUCAACAAGCUCCACCGCCAUAUUCGACUAAUCCCUACCCUCCACAAGCUCCUUAUCCGCAACAACAGUACUACCAGCCCUAUGGUCAUCCUCAACAUGUCUACACCGAGCAGCCGAAAACUGUUUAUGUCUACGAUGAAAGGCAAAGACGAGACAACGAUGCGGCGGAAUGUUUCCUUUGGGGACUUUGUGCGGCUUGCUUGUGUUGCUGCUUGCUUGAUGGCUAGGAACUUUUUAACACAGCAACUCUCCGAGUUUCUACCUCAGCAUACAUGGAUUGAUGAAAAAUUUAGUUAGUUUUAGGUAGGUUGCAGUACAUGAUUGAAAGGUUCACGAAAAAAUUAUAUGCGUUAUUUCUUUUAAUUAAUUCACAUUUCAACAUCUUUUAUAUUUGAACUUUUUUGGCAUAUUAGGUUGUGUGUGACAUGGGCAGACUGAUUUGUUACAUAAAAAUUAAUAAUGGGCCAUAUUAUGAAGGAUCAAGAUAAUUAUAGUGUACUAGUUUGCACACGUAUUUCGUAAACAGGUUGUUGACGCCUGAAGCUUUGUUUUAGUCAUAAAAGACAGACACAAUGCAGUCAAGAGUCCUUGAACUAAAACUGUUGUUCAAAAUAUGUCAGAAUUGUUUGUUCUGAAGAAAACUGGCAUAGUAUUAUUUAAAAGUCCAAGCCUGCAUGUGUGUUUAGAUGCAGGUUGGACUAGUUCAAUAUUAAAACAAAUAGAAAGAAGAUAUUACGUGUUGGCAAGAAGAUAUGAAUUUUAUGUUAGAGUACCGAGAAGAACAAAGCUCGCUUGUGAGAUAUUAGGGAGCUUAAGCAACAACAACGGCUGCGAAAACAUCACUGAAAACAUACUGUUGUGCUACUUCAAACUUUACCGUGCUUAUUCCAUCUUGUUUAGUUCGUCAAAUGUUGGCAAUUUUUCCUGGAGUCGAAUUCUAAAAGACUGUACAUAUCAAAGUUCAGGAAGAGAAAAAUACGUUUGUUGUCUUCACGUUUUCCACAAAAUGUGAAUUUAGGCAUUUUCACAUCACAGUCAUCCUGUUACAGCAAAGAAUGUUCAGAAAACUGUCAUGCACUUGCAAAGUUGUUGUUUUGCUAAUCUAAACCUAUUACUUUUUUGCUGUUCUCAUUGAAGUCGGCGUCAUUGUUGCUUAAGCUCUCUAUCGUUUUUGCCAUGAGAACAUAAAAUUCAUAUCUUUCAGCUUACAUGUAAUUUUCUUUUUAUUAUAUGGACAGUAAAACAAGUAUAACUGUGAAAAUGCAUUUUUGCACUAAGGGUUUUUCGUCCCGAUAACAGCUUUUUUGGUGGUUAGCUAAUGUGUUAGUGUCCGAAAGUGGGGUUCCCUGUACUUUCUUGAGAAAAGGGUUAUCUCUGCAGAUUUGCAAUCUGUACAUUCUGAUGUUUAUUUACUUGAAUGCUCAUCAACACAGAAUUCAUGAUUGAAAUAUGCUUUAUUUUGCUCCUUUUUUUCUACGAAUUUUUGUCUUAUUUGUUAUAUGUCCCUUUUUAAAAACAUUAACGUUAUUAUUAAUGUAUAGGUGAUGAUACCUUAGUUAAAGUGUCAAAACUGUAAUAGCGGUGUAUAACCACUAAGUAGGGACACUAAAAUAAGUUUAAAAAGUUAAAAAAGUUAAAAGUAUUCUCUCAACUGGAGUUGUCUCCUUUAGGGAAUUAUGAGCUUAAAAUAGACAUUGUAGAGAUUAAAACACUUUGGGUUUGAAAGUCGCAAAAAUCCUUGUGUCAGUCUUUUAAUUCCUUGUAUAAUUUUGGCCUGGUCUCGAAAUCUCGGAAGUGUUUGUGAUGGGUCUCAUUUUGGGUGGUUUUUUGUCUCAGAGGCUCAAAUUUUCAAACCAAGGUCUCGCAGUCUUGCAAAGUCUUGAAUUUACCAAUGUUCUAUACCCCUUAAUUUAGCACACAGAAUCCAUAGAUAUUUUCUUGGAGAAUAGCGGUUGAUAUUUUGAACAAAAGUUGACCGACAAAGGCUCAUAAAUUCUUUCUCAGUAGAAGACACAAAAUUUUAAAUGAUUGUUCCACGGUAGUAAUAUCCUAAAAGAAUCUUUGGUGAGCACUAAUAAUUCCAAACAAGAAACCAAAAAAGUUCAUUCAGCAAAGUUUGAUAAGGAAGGAAUUAUGACACUUGCCACACAAUAUGACCACUUGUGUUAGAUAGGAAAAAUACACCACUUGGUUCUUGGAUGUACUGUAGUGGUCAUAUUGAUUCUAUGAGUGUUUUAAUUUCAAGUAAAACACUCCUGUCCAUAUAAUAAUACAAAAAAUUAGACACAAUGGUGUGCUAUAAAAUGGGCUAUCCAAGGAAGACCAGGCCUCAUUAUUUUUGUUUGUUAUACAUAAGAUUAUACUCAUUAUAUUUUCUUCUCAUUGGCUAAGAGCCUACAAUUAAUUGUGGAAAUCAACGCAACUUACAGAUUAGUUAGUUAUCGACUAGCAGACAACUGAGUAAUCUUUAGGUUGCGCGCCCAAUGCAUGAUAUGAUUUCCAACUGUAGUGCAACGCGUGUUCCUUGUGAUGCAGUGUUUGUCAUUAUUCUGUGCAAUUCAAGAGAAUGUAUAAUAAAACAAAUAUUAGAUUCAGUUUUUGUGAUAUCCUAAAAUAUCAAGGUCUCAGUGAGUGUUAUCAGCCUUAGCAUUCGGCUCGCGGAUCGGCUGAUAACACUUAUUGAGACCUUGAUAUUUUAGGAUUUUAGAGUCAUGUUAGAUGCAUUGGGGAAUAUCAUCGAUAUAGGCGAGAAAGAGUAGUGGGCCAGGCCCAACAUGAGGCCUUGAGGUACUCAAGAGGUAACUUGUAGCCAGUACGAAUAGGUACCCUGUAGUGCUACUCGCUGAGAUCUGUUGGAGAGGUAGCUCAGGAACCAUUGUCUCAACUGGCUAAGUAUUAGGCAAUUAUUUACUAAUGAAUGAGGCUGUCACCUGAUAUAAAGAAUUAUGCAGUUGGAGGAGGGUGUUCAAUCGGCCUCAGUGGAUAGCACCAACCGAGAUCUGCAUAAUUCUUUUUCUCCUAUGAAAGCUGAAUUCAUUAAAUGCUUUAUUUUAAUAAUUCCUAGUUUAAAAACAAGCUAAAACAUACUUGCCUUCAUCAAUGUUAAGUUCACCUCAAUAGUGCAUGUUUAGAAAAUAAAGGGCUGUUCAGGUCUGCAAAUAUACUCCAAGUAGCAGAUGUUGUCCGUUGAGUUGUCUUCUUGCCAUGUUUUUAGACAAUAGUUGGUAGUGAGACAAGUAAAAUGUACUGCCGACUGUUCGGCCAUUUUUCUUUUCACAACAACCAAAACAACUCAACUUCGUCCCCAGGUCUUUCUGGUUAACAGCAGGGGCGGAUCCAGGAUUUUUUUUAGGAGGGGGUGCACUCGUCUCUUGCUCUACUUCAACACUAAUAAACCACAUAGUUUUUUUUUUGCAGAAUACCAGUUGUAUUAGAAAACUGCAGGUCAUCUCAGGAGGGGGAGGGGGUGCACCCCCUGCACCCUCCCCCUAGAUCCACCCCUGUUAACAGUGCAUUAACCUGCAACUGUGCUACACUUUUGAUGUCAUUGGUUGAUUAAUCGCAAAAUUCUUGCAAAUUUGGUCAACAGUAGCUGGUUAUGGUGGAUUAUGCGUGUGCUUAAUUAGCCAAUCAGAAACGGAGAAACGUUUUGAAUGAAUGAUAAAUUAACUUAAUCUGUGAAGCCUGUCAUAUGUCAGUGUUUGCUAACAACAAAAAGAGAUUUAGCGAGGUUUUGACCACAUAACUGAAAUUAAAACUUGGUAAUGAAAAAGUGGUUGAUGUCUUAUUUUUGAGCAAGCAAUAGACUGUGGCCCUAAGGCAUUGUUAAGGCUGCAGUGGCUGCAGGGUACCCUCUGACACAAAGCACUUGUAGAUGUUUCGUAAGCAACGCAGCUUGAUAUGUUUAUUUAAAACGUUUGACACAACAUCAGAACAAGAUAAAACUGCCAUAGUGUCAUUUGCAGGACUAAAGAGGCAGUGGAUAGCAAAAUGAAAAUGAUCAAGGUUAUUGCUGUCCCCUACUCCUAGUCAAAGAGUAAGAUGAAUCCUACAAACUUCACCAUUUCAACAUUUCUCUUGCAACAUCAACUACUUAGGGGAGCCUUGUUUGCAUGAAACUCAGACUGAAAGGGUUUUGGGGGGGGGGGGGGCGGGUUAGUGGUUGGGCAGGAUUAUAGAGCCAGUAAUCCCAAAACGUCCAUCUGAAACUUUUAGAGCGGGCACUCGUCCAAGAGCAUUAGAGAGCUUUAGAUUCUGAGAAGCGGACGACUAUGAGUACGAGAUUUUCUCAAUACUGAGUAUUGCUCACGCGUGAACCAGCGACCAAGUUACCGGUGAUAAAGCUCAAUCCCCAAGAGGGGUGAGGGGGAUUUGACUCCCAUAUGAUGGGAACAGCUAGGGAGGCUUGUCAGAAAUUUCGAAUUUAAAUCCUAAAGGAGACCAAUCUGGUGGACUUGACUCAGACUUUAAGAUGCCUUUGUGAACUGGUGCCAUGUUUGAAAGAUUUUGAUCGAUUCUAGUAUUUUUCUUAUGAACAAGAAUAAGGGGGUGAGGUUAGGGAUGUUUAAAAUUAAGGAAAAGGAGAUAUUGUAAAAGGACUUGAAAUCAACGAAAAUUACCGCUAGGCUGCUGGCAAAAAAGUUUAAUUUUGUUGUCAAUAUGUCGUGAUCCUCGCAAGCAGUUUUCCUUUAAAAAUGUGCAUCCUGCCGAUAUUGCAAAAGAACCCAUUUUCGGACUUCUAGUUUCUUUUUUCGUCGAAACGAAACCUUACUCAGCAAUCUACCGGUAAUCUUUGAUUGUCUUAAAGGAAGGCGCCCUAAGAAAUUGGAGUGAAAUACGUGCAAUUAUAACAAAAGUAUUUCCCCUGAUCAUUAUCAGGACCCUUUGAUACUGGACACGCUGGACACGCCCUAUAAGAGUCAGGAAAGGGGUGCAGUAAUAUCGUAAAUCCUCGUGGAAUAUACGCCUCCUCCUUAUUUCCCCGAAAUUUACUUCAUCGCAAAAGCUAGCGACAGUUCUUUUAUUUAUUCAUUGUUUAUCUUUUAUUAUUAUUUUUAUGUUUGUCAGAAUUUGAAUCACGGCGGCACUUAACUUUAUAAUUAUGUUCAAGAGAUCGAGAGAGAACAAACUUGAUUUUCACUUGCCCGCCGGCCUAUGCCGGCCACUAUAUUUCUAGUAAAAGGUUAUUUUAAUACUGAAAUGAAACCCUUGUCCCAGUGACGCUUGUAGUGCGAUGUUGGUAAGGUGCGGUCGUAAAUAUUGAUGUCAGAAAUCGUUCAGUUUCACUAAACAGUAUUGCCCGUACUGUUUAUCCUGACUCCUACCAGGCAGUCCUAACUUCAGAGUUUUCUUGUACGGUAUUUUGCGGUUUCCAGAUAUAUUCAAGGUGGUUCUAUACAGUUGUAGUGUCAAAGGAGUAAAGUGCCCCUGAAAUUAGGACCCUGUUUAUAGAAAAAACAGGUCUAACAUACUACCCAGCCAAAAUAGUACAACAACCAUUGUUUUAGAACCUCUUAGGACAAUACGGCCAGACAAAAUAUACGACCUUUUGUUUCAUUACGUUAAGAAUGACGCAGUUUGGGACAUGCUGGCUUAGAUUCGAGAGUUGGUCGAAAAAAUCAUACCUUGGGGCCUGCGUGGCAGGCGCACAAGGCAUAUUAGGGAGGGGAGGGAAAGGAGAUUGGGAGAGAGGGACGCCUGCUAUAUAGUAAAUGAAAAGUUGGGAAAUCUGUCAUUUCGGUCUGUCAAAAGACCCAAAGAGGCUAAUAGAUGCAGUUUAUAGCUUUGAAAAAGUCAAGAAAUGUAUAUGAUUUAUUGAUUUGUUCAUAUUUAAAAACCAGGGGAUUAAGAACCGUUAAAAACGAUGCAACGUUAAACACUAGAUAUGAAAGUGGUACCGUUUGUCAAUAGAAGCUGUCGAAAAUGGUAGUAUGGAUGGGUACUGGAGGGGCUGGACCCUCGGGGCUCCCCCGGGCCUUAAGUCAACAGUCAGGAGGUGAAGAUCAAGUUUUAAUUAAAAACUGUGGAGUCAUCAAGCUACUGGGAUACGUUUUUGCUGAAUAAAUGCCUCACAGUUACACGUUAGCUGCAGUCUUUCAAAGAGGUGAAAUUCAAAUAUUCUAAGAACAUGUAAUGCUUUUCACACCCUUAUUUCUUGUUUGAAGACUUUAACAACAGGAGCAAAAAGCGUCUUUACCAUUGACAAGAUUGCGGCAGAUUAUAACCCAUGGCCAGUAUAUUUGGUAACAAUAACUUUGUUUAUUUAAAGUGUAAAUACUGAGCUUAAGCAACAAGAACGCUGACGUCCCGGACGUCAUGAAUAGCAACCGGAAGUUCGAUGUCUCAUACCAUACAACGAAUCUGAAUGCCUUUGUUUUAACUCCCGUUGUACGAAUUUGUCGAGUCAGAGCACUGAAAGAGAGAAAAUAUCAACUUCCGUUUGCCAUUUGUGUCGUCCAGGACGCCAACGCUCUCGUUGCUUGAGGUCCCUAUAAUUAGCCAGUGUACACCCGCCUCUUUCCGAUUGUUUUUUUUUUUCGACGGAGAAGGGGCGGCUGUACACGAUACCAAUUUCAAUAUAAACAAAGCAAAACAAAUAGUGUUUAGUGGAUUUAGACUGCGAAAACGUAUUACAGUCAAACCCCGUUAAUAAGGACAAUGAAGGGGUUAUAGAAAGCAAGUGUCCUUAUUAACGGGGUGUCCUUAUUAUAGAGAAAAUAUAAGGGCUUUCUUUCCCUAAGGACAAAGAAAACUGUCCAUAAUAACGAGGUGUCCAUCCGUAGUAAGCGAGUGCUCGUAAAGCGCGGGGUUUGACUCUAUACAAUAACACUUUUACAUCCAAUUUGGAAUCGGAAGUUUAAUUAUUCCAUACGUGUGAUUUUACUAAACUGUUUAAUAUGUUAGAGUGUAAAAUGUUCAAGCCCCCGCCUCCAUUGCGCUUGAGUGAUUUAGGAAAUUGUCACUUUUGUUAAGCCACCUCGCCAGUUAAAUAUUAGAAUCCGGCUCUUUUCUACACCCACUUUUUGCAAAGCUUAGUUUAUUCCUUUUCUUUUUGUUCUAAAGUUUGAAGGAAAAUUCAUGGACUCUCUAAGCUGUUUUUGACAAGGCCUGUUGAAAAACUUUGAUUUCAUUGCAGUUUCGUUUUAAACUUAACCUUUUACCUUGUUGUUAUUUUUGCGUUAAGUUCACCGUAAAAUUUACCUUUAUGCCGUGAUUUUUCAGUACGUGGGUGUAUUUUAAAAGGCCGUGACGUAAUUUGUGGGCUAUGUGGUUGAUAGUUUCGUUUGCAAGUUACCUUUUAAAUCUGAGGGGUCUUAUUAAAACUGCCAUUUGCAGCUGGUUGCAACUUCAUACGUGCAUUUUCAGUUUUUCGUUUUUUCAGGUCACUCUAAUGUUCUAAAAAUAGUGAAUGAAACUGGAAUAACGGAACAAUGCCACGCAACGAAAACGAAUGUAAGCUUAAAGGGGAAAAUGUUUAUGUAACCUGAUUUUGUGUUCUGCCAAUCACUGAUGAGCACUGAACAGAAGACUUGACGGCUUAAGAAGAUCCUGGCGAACUGCAAAGCCAAUAUCAGGAUAUAAACAUCUUUUGAACAUGAAGCAAAAUACUACAAUAAAAGAUUUCGUGCUGUAUCUGUGAUGUGAAGCCUUUAUCAAAAGUACGCUCAUGGUAGUCGUUCCGGAUGUUUCAUAUAAUCAGGGACAGCCGCCGGAUGUUUGAAGUUUCGCGGGGUUGUAAAAUAGCAUAUUUAGGCAGUCAGUCAGGAUUGGCUUUGCAUGUGAAACAAAGAUUUCCGUUGUUUUCGAGAGAGAGUGAAGUGUCUCUCACUCGUUUGAAUUUUAAAUCUACAUACACGGUGUACGUUCGAUCGCGUUCCAAAAAUAUCGUAACAAUCGGCAGACGCGCGCAAUAUUACUGACAACACAACAAUACACGAAGGAAUGUUGGAAGAUCCCUGCGCGCGCAUUCCAUCAAAUCGUCAAGAUCAUUCAACAUGGCUGUCUGUGCUUCUUCCAGCAGCUGAUGAAAGAGAUUAUGUCGAUUUGAGCAUGGAUUUGAUCGAGGGAAGAGUUCGGUAUAGGAAGGGAAAAAAGGUUAGGCUUGCGUUUAAGCUGCAGUUAAACGCGAUUUAGGGCUAACUAAAGUUGUUUUGAUUACAGUGGAAGACAAGAUGGGCUGUGCUGCGAAGAGUAAACCCAGCCACAGGUAAACGUUGCUAAAAAUUGUAAUCAUGUACGAUUUGAGUUCCCAUUCAACUGUAAUCACCCUCUCGAAACCAAACGAAUUUCUCAUUAUGCAGCCGGUAACGCAACUGAAACCCUACUUUUCUUGUAAUGGUUUAAUUUUCGCUUUCACCAUCGCGAUACGUGCAUACAUCUUAUUCAAUUCGCUGUCAUUGAUGCUCAUUGCGCGCUGAGACAUUGUUCUUUUGUUUUUCUUCGGCUACAGUAUAGUCUUAGUCUAGUAAAUUACAAGUAGCAGUGCAGUUGCAGCUUGAGCAAUCAAUAAAAUUUCCGAGACGAUAAUCACACUUAAACACGGAUAGCUUUUUAUAGCAUUUUGUUUUUGUCGAUCGUUUCUUUAGCCGCAAGCAGAUGUAUAUUGCUAAGAAUCUUGCUUUUACUUCAAAACCAUCGCCAACUCCUGUGUAUCUUAGCAUUUUAACAUUUGAAAGCGUGAAAUCUUGGCUGCAUCCCUCGAGGCAGUCGUAUUUAAACUUUCAGUUCUUGGGCUGAAUAUCCUCGCGUCUUUUUUUAGUAAUCGUGCGCGCGUGUUUCCAUUCCAAUUUUACUAGGCCUUGCGCUUUCUGUAGGUGAAACGACACUUGUGCUUCGCGAACAUUUAGACGUGAUCUGAGCUUCAGUGUUUGCGUGGCAGGUUUCCUUUUUUCAAGGAAAAAACUUCGUGCAGUUUUCGUGCAAGCCUUAUAUAUAUUUUCCGCUUUCUCUGAUAGCCCGGGUCUGGGAUACGUCUCAUGAAACAUGUAUAACGCUUGUGCGAAAUCACGACAGUUUACCAAACAAAUUUUAAAGCGACGAAUGUUAAUGUAAGUAGCUUGAUCUUUCCAAAUAAGAAAAACAAUAUCACAAUUUACCCGUUGAAUAAUUUCUUGAAGUCGUUGGCAUGAGUUGAUAUGUACUUAGCGUACUUGUUCAUCUCGGUUAAAUAUAUAUGCCAAUCGUACGGUACGGUAUUAGUUGACAUAAAAUGCUGAGAUAGACAACCUUCGCAGGACUCUAGAAUAGUGGCUUUGGUUAUUUUUUAAAUCGUCUUUUCUUAAUGUUUUAUUGAGUAAAUUUAUGCGUGUUGUACUUUACAUAUAGAUUGUUGAUAAUUGCGGUGAAUUAGGUUUGCUUUGAGUAUUACACUAUUUUGAUGUCAGUAAAUUGGCUGUAGUCUCUAUUGGCCUGUUUAAAAAACUAUAGUCUUGCGAAUUUUAAAAGAGGAUGAAGAUAAACGUCUUUUUUUCGUUUUCGGGAAGAAUUAUCGUAAGAAGCUAAAUAUUGUUUGCUUCAGGCAUUUGCAAAAAUAUCACCUUCAUAAAACAAGUCCUUGCCAUUUACAUUUCAUUAAUGCACAAAAUUGCACUCGUGAGUGAAUUAUUCUCUCAAUGACUUUUCGCUCAAAAUUAAUAGAUUCAAAGUAAUUGAAUGGAAAAACAGUAGCUUUUAAUGUCUGCCAAUUAUUUUUUUGAGCUGCAAGUAGGUCACAAGGUCACCCAAUAAACUGAUUAUUUUGCUUUUUUGUUCAAUGAUAAAUUGCAUCAGAUUCGCUGUGUUUGCUCAUUUUGGUGUUUUGAUUUUUGUGCUCUUUUUGGAGGCUCUCUCGAUCAUAGGUGCCCUUCAAAAAUAGAUAUAAAAUCUUACCUGGUUUUGAGCAUCCCUGACUUAAAAUAAAACAACGACAAUAAGAACACUUUUCAUUAUUUUUUGUUGACCACUGGCCUGCUGUAAACCCUACUGGGUAGAUGCCCAUUUGAUUUCAAUUUACUUUGAAUGCAAUGAUGUAUCUCUUGAAGUUUAAACCGCCAAAUUUAAAACCCAUUAACACAUUAAACCAGUGUUCAACCUAGGUUAUGAUACUAUGGUUAGAACUUAGUGAAAUGAUAAUCCGGGAUACGAAGAAAGUCAUGAUCAGUUAUACUGCUUGCUAUUCAGCCAAGCUGUAGCUAGGCAUGUACUAGCCCAAAAGUCAUUUCAGCUAGACUGAAAAUUUUGUCUGAUGAGCAAGAUUGAUUACCGUUCUUCUUUAAGUUGAAUUUCCCAAAAAACUUUACUUACUCGUCUGCUAAGUCACUAGCCCAAUCACAAAAUCCACCAGCCAUAGGCUAUUGGCCUUUGCACACUGUAACCCUGAUAACAAUAUUUUUUUCUUGGAUCCUCAGAGGUGCUGAAUCUUGUUUUGUACCCCAAAGAAGCAAAUGCGGGAGCUCGUCACAAGGAGAAAGCUCUCCUGUCCCUCAAGGGAUUCAGUGGAUUACAAGUCCUGAAUAAGAUGGACAAGAACUUCAACAUCAUUGUUAUCAUUACUACAGAUAAUGUCAUUCCUUUGAGUUUUGAAACAAUUGAUCAGAGAGCUGAAUGGCUGGCACUGCUUCAAGGCCAUUAUGGAAAAGGUGAUUUUAUGAUGCUAAAUAACUGCAUACGUGCAAGCGCAAUGAUAUAAGUGUGAGAUUUUUAUCCUGAAAGUGUCAGAAUCAGUUUCAGGACCCAGACAUGUCCUAUUGAAUGAAAACUGGCUGUAUAUUCCUUGCAAUAUAUUGUUCAUGCUUAUAUGCCAACUGUCACAGAUUAUCCAAGUGUCUCCCAGAUACUACACAACUCUCCCAGUCUCCUGAAUGGGUCACCAAAUCUCCUGGAUAAAAUUGAAUUUGGAGUUUUCUAUGCUAUAGUUUAAAUUCUAACCCCUUUUUUUAUUGAAAUUCGAAAAAAGGUUUUAAACAUUUUGGUUUCUUUACAAUACAAAACAUGGUUAAAAAUCAUGAAGCGAAGUGAACUACUCUUAGAAAUUAACUAGUUAAAGCUAAAUAAAAAGAUUCUAACAACAAAGGAAACAAUGUAACUGCUUUACAUGAUUGCUGUUGCAUCAGACGUCCAAAAUUUGUUAUUGAGGAAGGAGUUCGCACAUGCCGCAGCUCAACAGGUAGACUAUUCCACAGCUAUGGGAUUUUGCUACUGGGUUUGGUGGAUUUGUUUUUUUUUUGGGGGGGGGGGGGAAUUGAAGUUACAGAAGAACUGUGUGUAAUAUGUACUAGCUACAGCUUGCCUGAAUGGCAAGCUAUAACUAACAUCCUUGCACCCUGACACCUUGAGCCUGCGUACAUGUAAAUUUGUUGCUUCAUACCUCUAUAAAUUCUGAUAAGUUCAUAUCACUCAGCAACAUGAUUUCAACUGCAGUGAAAAAAACCCACUGUAAUAGAAUUGAGCCUAUUGGGUUGGUUAGAGGACUGGAAACUCCAAAUUCAUUUGUGAAAUUGUCUUGUUUUCAGAAAAGUCAUUUCAGGGCAUUGUGCCACACAAACAGAAGAUCAAGUCUGGUGAAGCAGAUCUUCGUUUUUACUCCACCUUCUUUUCUCUGACAAAAAAGGACAGUUAUCGCCUUAUUGGUCAAUGGAAGUUAACGUCAUUGCCUAAAUAUGGAGCAGUAGAGGGAGGCUUUGCUUUCCAGGCAGGUCCAGAGUCUGCGACUGGAGAUAAAUCAGUGAUUUAUUUCUUUGCCACUCGUUCUGGAAAGGAAAUACAAGCCUUGUUUGACAGUGUUUGUAGAGCAGGGGAGGCCAUGCUGCCGCAAGAAUCUUAUACAGGUAGAUAUUUUAGAGGGUAGAAUUAAGUGGUCAUACUGUAAUCUCCUGCUUAUAAGCCUCCCCCCUACUCUAUAAACUCCCCCCCCCCCAGUUAUAGACCCAUUUACCUGUAAACCCCAAAAAAUACAUCCAAUUAUAACCUCCCCAGAUAUAAGUCUCCUCUAGCUUUCUUUUCUUGAAUUCAAUUUGUUAUGACGUUUUGAAACUUAAUUUGCAAGAAUCAUCAAUUGUUGUGAUGGAGGCAAAUAUAUGGCAGUAAUCAGCACUGCUAUAGCUUGUUUUGAAGCACUUUUUUUAUUCUGGUUAUAAAUCCCUUCCAUUUAUAAGCCCUUCUAAAACCCCUUACAAAGAUGAAUAAGCCCAGGGCUUAUAAGCAAAAGUUUACGGUAUACUUCUUUAGAGCGCGGGCUCAUUUCCCGAGUAGUGGCUGGUAAUCGAGCCUAUAUACUUCUUAGAUGGUAAAGACUUUGAUGGCAAAAAGUUGUUUGGAAAAUAAAACAGACUGCCUUAGAAGGAACUCCAAAAUUUCAGUUGGAGUCUCUUACAGCAGAGGCACGUCCUUUUGACAACUUCGAUCCCCAUCAGAAGUAUGGCUAGCUCUCUUCUUUAACCCUUUAAGCCCCAGUAUCCACAUACAAAUUCUCCAAAGUUAUCUCUUUACAUUUCCUUAAAGAAUGAGUUGAGAGAAUUUGAUUAUAGAUCAAGGCAUUUUCUCUUGUGUGAUCGUUUUAUUAAUUCUCAAAACUUAUCUCUUGACAGUGUAUGGAUAUUGUUUGGAAAAAUUUGAUCUUGGUCACUAUUGGGACUUAAAGGGUUAAGCUUCUAAGAGGAUGGGGCUAGAUUAGGGAUACAGUCAUCAGUGUGGCCACCGGUAAUAUAAUGAGUCCUCAGAAUAGACCACUCUUCAGCAUUAUCUGGAGCUUUUAAAAGAGCACCGUUACAUUUGUGCUUGAUCUCAAAAUCAAAAAUGAAGAAGCCAGGGUAAAAAUGAUAUGAUGAACUAUAGGCACGAAACAAUAACGAUAAUGAUCACGAGAUGACAAUGAAGAAAUUUAUCAGUCUGCCGCAUUAUCAUAAGUUUUUUUAUAUAAAUAAUGAAGAUUGUGAUCAUUUCUGGGAAAGGUUAGACUGAGAAAACGGCCGACAUUUCGCGAUGCUACCGCUGGUUUCCCCGCAAAAUGAUGUCUGAGAAACGAGCGCAGAAAUUCCAUACUGAUGACGUUUGUCUACCCAGAUCUGAGUCUGCUUCUAAUUGGUUGAAUCAAAGUUCCCUUGCGGCAUGACCAAUCAGAAGCACUACUCAGACCAGCGAAGUGACACGUCAUCAGUAUGGAAUUUCUGUGCUUUUUCCUCGAUGUCAUUUCUGACGUCAUUUCAUUUUUUCUGUCUUCGCGAAAUGUCGGCUGUUUCUCAGGCUAGUAAAGGUAAUAUCAAUUACUUUGUUUUCCUGCAGAAACCACCCAGCCCAGUACAAGUAAAGGUGAAAGUCAAUCACAGCCCAACUUUCUCAAACGGGCAUGGCUCAGAAUGAGCGCAAAAAGGCGCAAAGGUGGCAGGCAGCGUAGUCGAAGCGUGCCCUCUCCUACUCGGGGGAAAAACAGGGCUGAAACUGGAGAGCAAACAUCACCACCGGAAAACGGCCAAACUACUAUGCGAAGAAACGUUUCCGUGCCCGCGUACUUUGGUGCAAGCAGUAGCAACGAACCCGGUUUAAAUGAAGUAUUCGAGGAAGAAAAGCCCAAAAGCCCUCUCCCGGGCUACGAGAAUAUUGCGGGGGUGACACCCGAGGGGUAUCACGUAAUGAUGCCGGCUGAUAAUCAGGUCCGCCGAAGUAGAAGUAGCAGUGGUGCGCGCAGUCCUACGCGGAGAGAAUCGGAGGAGCGAGGAGUGCGCACUAGCGAAAAGAUCGAUGAAGGUGGCGAAGGAGAAGUGGAGGGAUACGUUGUGGUUGAAGGGCGGGACGAAGAGCUUCUUGAAAAAGUAAGAGCAGACUCCGAGGCGGCUUCCCAGAGAAGAACGUCCCGCGGCUCGGAAAAUGGGAGAGUAAAGUCAUCUUCUUCGGCCUCUGAAAAACGUGAGGAAAAUGGGGUCAUCGCCGAGGAAGCUGAAGGCGAACAACAAGAGAGGAAGCCAUCUGAAACGGAGCAACAUAGUAAUGGAGAUGUGCAGUGUCAGAUCGUGGUUACUUCAACUGACGAUACGGAGGAGAAAAAGAGUGCAGAAAAAGAAAGCAUAGUCAACGAUGAGCGAGAUGCUCCGAAAAAACAGGAAAUGAAAUCUGAUGUUCACAGCAAUGGAAGCAACGCAAGCGAGAAAGUUGUUACAAGUGUAGACUAUGUGAACGGAGACAUAUUCGAGAAAAAGGAGAAUUAUAUGAAAAAUAGCACAUCGACCAGUGUUUCUUCUCGGCGCGGCAUGAAAGCCCCGCCUAAGUUAAAUCUUCCAUCAAUGUCUACCGCGGGAAGCGCAGAGCACCUCUAUGUCAAUUCUCCCAAGAUCGUUGACUACGUUAAUGUUAAAGGAAGUAAGCCAGGUGGCUUACGGUCCCGCAGUGUAACGGGUUCUCAGGCAGGUAAUAGAUCAAAACUGAAUCCGUAUGCAAUGUAUGAUGGGAACGACGAUUCGAUCUAUCACAGCGUGGAGUCGCUAAUGCCGUCACAUCCGGGAUAUCUAAAUGUCUUCACGGAUGACCCGUCACGAAGCCAUAGUUUUGAAAAUAUCGCUGGCCAUUCGUACGCAAACGUGGCUGGCGCGCAGCCCUCGUAUAAAAAUAUCGGGCACUUUGAUAGGUCCUACGUGAAUGUUAUGUCACGACCUCCACAAGGAAAUCUUAACUAUGUCAGAGUUGCGGGGGUUGAUUCAUCUCACGCGUCCAGUCCUCUCCUGAUAACCAGUACGUCGCCUAAAUCGAGUGAUUAUACCUGGAUCGAUGAAAGAAAGACUAAACUUUUACUGGACACCGGUAAAAUGCAUUCCGAAAGGAGGCAGGAGAAUCUGCCAAGAAUCAUGAAGAAGUAGUUCUGUAAAUGAUCUCAACCUUUUUCCUCCUAUAGAGACUUUCUACACCUGUAAUAGCCUGCGUCGUAGUCGAAAUCUAACCCCUGUUAGUAACGUCUGUGAAGCAGCGCUUGGCCCCCAGCGAAUUUUCCUUCAACCUGAUUGGCAGGUGAAAGCCCAAGGAUUUCAGCGCUAAUUAAGUUUCUUCUGUGGCCCUGGCCACUCCUGUAAGUGCCUCAAAUCAAAAUUCCAAAUCCUAAAUUUCAUGUUUUGAAACCUGAAGUAACAAUAUUACCACGCGAAAGAACUGUCGAGGAUUUCCUCGACGGACGGAAAAUUUACAACCAACUUUUGCUGCAUAAUAAACAGUAUCCGAGUAAAGUACUGAUCAGUAGCUUUCAUUUCAAUGUUCACAGACUCCGACGUUAGAACCAUCUUCUACAGAAAAAGAUAAACACUACCUCAUCACAGUACUUCUCACUAUGUGGAAUUCAAGUACGGGCCUGAAAGUUUGCCUGUAGGAGCGAACAAGGUUGAUAUCGAUAUUUAAUACAGUAUAGUAUACUUUUGUACGUA